AAGAAUCAUUCUAGCGAUGACAUGUGGAUACAAAAAAUGUUGCAAUACUUCUCAAAUAAUAUAUAGGGAUAUCAAACCAUUGAUUCUUUGACAGAAGAAUACUCACUUUGAGUAACAAUGGCAGCAACUUUCAUCGUUGACUUUGGAAACGGUUUCAUCUUUAUCAUCCUUUGCCUCUUUUCAUUUCUCUGUUACUAUUUCUUCUUCAAGAAACCAAAUGACUCACAAGACUGUGAUCUGCCUCCCAGCCCUCCGUCGCUUCCAAUCAUCGGCCAUCUUCACCUUCUCCUCUCUCUUAUAGUCCACAAAUCCUUACAUAAACUCUCCUCCAAGUAUGGACCUAUCCUCUAUCUUCGUGUCUUAAAUGUCCCCAUACUCCUUGUCUCCUCCGCCUCAAUAGCCUAUGAGAUCUUUAGGGCGCAAGACAUGAACGUUUCAACUCGCAACCUCCCUACGAACGAAGGGUCUCUUUUCUUUGGAUCUUCCGGCCUCGCUACCGCUCCUUACGGGGAUUACUGGAAAUUCAUAAAAAAGCUCAUCACCACAAAGCUCCUUGGACCUCAGGCUCUCGAGAGGUCACGAGGCAUCCGCGCGGAUGAGGUAAACCGGUUUUACUUGAAUCUUGUAGACAAGGCAACGAAGAAGGAGAGCGUUGAGAUCGCUGAGGAAGCUAUGAAGCUAAUAAGCAACAGCAUGUGCAAGAUGCUUAUGGGAAAGAGUGAUCAUGCAGAGAAAGUGAGGGGGUUAGUGGCUGAAACAGAUGUCUUGUCAAAGAAGUUUUUCUUGGCGGCCAUCUUGCGCAAGCCGCUUUCGAAGCUCGGGAUCUCAGUUUUCGAAAAGGAUUUAGCCAGUAUUUCCUCCAGGUACAACGACGUGUUGGAGAAGAGUCUUGUGGAAUAUGAGGAGGACCAUAACCAAAGCUGUGAGAUGUUGGACGUACUAUUGGAAGCUUGUCAAGGUAAAACAGCAGAGUAUAAGAUCACUAGGAACCAUAUCAAGGCCUUGUACGUGGAUCUUUUCGUUGCAAGUACUGACACCUCAACGAACACUAUACAAUGGACUAUGGCAGAGAUUUUCAACAAUCCAAAGAUUCUGGAGAGAUUGAGAGAAGAAAUAGAUUCAGUUGUAGAGAAAACAAGGUUGAUUCAGGAAACAGAUCUACCUAACCUUACGUAUUUGCAAGCUGUCGUCAAGGAAGGACUGCGAUUGCACCCACCGGUACCUCUUGUGUUAAGGAGCUUCCGGGAAGGAUGUGAGAUCGGAGGCUUUGAUGUGUUGGAGAAGACAAAACUUGUUGUUAACUGCUAUGCUGUAAUGAGGGAUCCAGAUGUCUGGGAAUACCCCGAGGAGUUUAAGCCUGAGAGGUUUCUGCCUUCUUCAAGAUCAUAUCAAGAGGACGAGAUGAAAGAGGAAGUCCUGAAAUACAUUCCUUUCGGGAGCGGAAGGAGAGGCUGUCCUGGAUCAAAUCUGGCUUAUCUUUCUGUAGAAACAGCAAUUGGAGUCAUGGUGCAGUGUUUUGAUUGGAAAAUCGAAGGAGAUGAGGUUAACAUGGAAGAGGCUCGUGGAACACUGACGUUGACUAUGGCUCAUCCCCUUAAGUGCACUCCUCUUCUUCGAGAUCUGAACCCUUUAAGGUAUCUGCAUUGAAUCCUCAAUGCAGAGGUUCGCACCUUUCCCAAAAAAAAAAUAUUAUAAUAUUCCCAUUUUAUGAAUUCAGUUUUUGCAGGUUUACUGGGAUGAAUCCGGUUCAUCAUUGUAACGCGGGCCCCACGUUACGUGGCGGCUCGCGAUUGGUCUGCUUAUUAUUUAAAAAAAAAAAAUCAAACUAAAAAAAU